CAACUCCAUAACCACAUUACACUUUUCAUUCAAUUCUGAAUUCACUUUUGUGUUGAUAUUUUCUUCUGCGAGCAUGGGUGAAGCUCCAGUGUUCUUCAUUAACGGGUUCUCAAAGUUUGAACACGAAAUCCAACAACAGAACCAUGUGAACGACCAGAACCAUGAUUCCUCUUGGUACGAGGAAAUCAUCGAUGAAGAUCUGAAAUGGUCUUUUAAACUCAACAGUGUGCUUCAUAAAGCGAUUAGUGAAUACCAGGAUAUAACACUCUUAGACACCAAGCGUUUUGGCAAGGCUUUGGUUCUUGAUGGGAAGAUGCAGAGUGCAGAAACAGACGAGUUUAUCUAUCACGAAUGCUUGAUUCACCCUUCUCUUUUGUGUCACCCUAAUCCCAAGACUGUCUUUAUAAUGGGAGGAGGUGAAGGCUCUGCAGCAAGGGAAGCCCUUAAGCACAAGUCAAUGGACAGAAUCGUUAUGUGCGAUAUCGAUAAGGAAGUGGUAGAUUUCUGCAAAAAAUACUUGAUUGCAAAUAGGGAAGCAUUUUCUAAUAAGAAGCUCGACCUUGUGAUCAAUGAUGCGAAGGCUGAAUUGGUGAAGAGAAAGGAGAGAUUUGAUAUCAUUGUUGGAGAUUUAGCAGACCCACUUGAAGAUGGACCAUGUUACCAACUCUACACCAAAUCCUUCUAUGAGAACACACUCAAACCAAAGUUAAAUGAUAAUGGCAUUUUUGUCACCCAGGCUGGACCAGCAGGUAUCUUCACACACAAAGAGGUUUUCACUUCCAUAUAUAACACAAUCAAACAGGUCUUCAAAUAUGUCAUUGCAUACACAACUCAUGUACCAUCAUUUGCUGACACAUGGGGAUGGGUCAUGGCUUCGGAUCAACCACUAUCAAUUUGUGCUGAAGAAAUGGACAGAAGAAUUGCAGAAAGAAUAGAUGGAGAACUUCUCUAUCUAAAUGGUGCUUGGUUCCAUUCAUCCACAACCAUGAAUAAAACUGUUUACCAAUCUCUGCAGAAUGAAACUCAUGUGUACACAGAAGAAAAUGCUAGAUUUAUUCCUGGGCAUGGAAUGGCUUUUCGUCUCUAACUUUCAAGCCAUAGAUUGAGGGGUAUUGUUUUGACCUAUAGGAUGCAUUAUUAGUUUCAUUGUCAUUGAAUUAUUAUCUGCUUGGACUCUCUUGGUUUUUACGGUUUUUUCUUUGAAAAAUGGGUUAAAUAGAAGCAAGUGUUUAUAAAUUAUCUUCAGUAUUAAUUCAAAUAAAUA